GCCCAGAUUCGUGUGCCCGUGGUGCAAAGCGUUGCGUCGUUCCCUGCCCCGUUCUAUCGAGCCACAUGAUAAGAGGCCACCGCCGACCACCACACCCUGCGAAAGAAAUUUCUGUAUCUGUAUCUGUAGAGUGAGCAGUCGCUUGGCAAACCUACGGCGUAAUUUUGAUCCCAAAGCUAAAGCUUCAUCCGACUUCUCGUGUAAUCACAGAACCACGACCAUCUCGAGGAUAAAAAUCAUAGUGCGCCGCGAAUUCCAGUUGUUCUUGUUACUCGCUGUUGUACUUGUCUCAAGAUGGGAUUUUCUAUCCAUCUGCACCCUGACUUCGUGCUCACGAACGAGCUUUCCUCCAGCAGCACCAGCCCGUCGAUUUUCAAGCUCCACGCGCAAAAGACGCCGUGUUUCCCCACUACUUCCUUCGCCCAGUGCAGCUACCGACGUGGUGCUACCCUUCCCAAAGCUGCGUGUCCAGGCGUCGGUUCCCAGGCGGCUUUGGAUGGAGGUGGCGCAGGGGGUUGCGCUGUGCAGCCACCGGCCUGCUGUGAAGCCGCGCGCCGGGCAGAAGCAGCUGCAAAGAUGAUUAAAGACACGAUGGAUAGUAUCAAAAGUCUAUGUUUUAUUUCUUUGUUUGAACACCUACACCGAAACAAGGUUAGGUUUAAGUAUCUAUCAGUUCGAGAAACGGGCACGUUCUGCUUUGAAUCUGAUAUACCACUGGUUAUUCUUUGCUCUCUUUUGCAUUCGCUGCAUUACCUACCAGGUAAUUGGUUGCUGAAACUUCUAAACUUCGGUGGCGGGGUGCACGUUGGCAACGCAGGAAAAGAAACGGGUGCUGCUCCAGCGGGCGGUGGAGCGCCAGCAGGUGGAGCUGGUGGAGGUGGAAUAUUCGGCAGCUUUUUUGGUGGCGGUAGCGGAGCUGCAACGGCAGGCGCGAGCGGUGGACCGCAAGCAGCCGGGAUGAACGAGUUCACAAUUGCAGCAACCGCGUGCGCAGCGAAGUUCAUCACACAGGGAGGCGCAGGAAGCUUUGAACCGCGCAAGGACGAAGUACGGAACGACCGCAAAACACAGACUAACACACAAAGUCCGUUUCUCUGACAGCGUUUUUGCAGAACUGCAACUACUUACAAUGAUCGGAAGAAUUUGGAUUUUCCAAGAACAAACUAACACCUCACGACUCUUCCCCUUGUAAUAAAGACAGUCAAAGAAGAUGAUACAGAGGGAAAUGCGUUUUCUGAGCUUUUUGUUUGAAAUGAACCUUCAUUAUUCAGCACACGGGCCCGAUAGAAACUCAGCAAGAAGGACAGAAUUCUGUUUCGACGUAUUUUUGCAGAUCAUUUAUUCGCUGAAAUAAAACUAU